AUGGGAUUUCCUUUUUGCCUUUCCUAUGUUGCAGCCUAUGGAAAAGUGUUCCUGGUGCGCAAGGUUGGCGGCCAGGACCACGGAAAGCUGUACGCCAUGAAGGUCCUCAAGAAGGCGUCCAUCGUGCAGAAGCAGAAGACGCUAGAGCACACGCGCACGGAGCGGCAGGUCCUUGAAGCCAUCCGCCAGUCGCCAUUCCUGGUGACACUCCACUAUGCCUUCCAGACGGAUGCGAAGCUGCACCUCAUCCUUGACUAUGUCAGCGGCGGUGAGCUGUUCACGCACCUCUACCAAAGAGACCACUUCACGGAGUCCGAGGUCCGGAUCUACAUAGGAGAAAUCGUGCUGGCUCUUGAACACUUGCACAAGCUGGGGAUAAUCUACCGCGACAUCAAGCUGGAGAACAUCCUCCUCGACAGCCAAGGACACAUCGUCUUGACAGACUUCGGACUGAGCAAGGAGUUCCUUCCGCACGAGAAGGACCAGAGGGCAUACUCGUUCUGUGGCACCAUCGAGUACAUGGCACCUGAAGUGGUGCGCGGUGGGAGCACGGGCCACGACUUCAGCGUCGACUGGUGGAGCGUCGGGGUGCUCACGUACGAGUUGCUCACGGGAGCAUCACCCUUCACGGUCGAGGGCGAGCGCAACAACCAGGCUGAGAUCUCCAAGAUUGCGUCUCCUGAAAAACCUGAGGAAGAGGGGAGCUGUUCAACAGACGUGGUAAUUAGGAGGAUACUAAAAAGUCAGCCACCUAUACCGGACAGCAUCUCAGGUGACAUCAGGGACUUCAUCCAGAAGCUGUUAAUCAAGGACCCGAGGAAAAGGCUUGGCGGUGGGAUCGAUGAUGCCCUUGAAAUAAAGAAGCACAGGUUUUUCAAGGGCCUAGACUGGGAGGACCUCGCAACAAAAAGAAUUGCAGCGCCUUUUGUUCCUAAGAUUGCUGGCGAACUAGACGUGAGCAACUUUGCAGAAGAGUUCACUUCCAUGGUUCCUGCUGACUCGCCAGCUCUGGCGCCCGUCAGUGACGACAAAGUGUUCAAGGGUUACUCGUAUGUUGCUCCGUCUGUGCUGUUCAGCGACAACAUCCUCACCGACGAGCUGCUCGGUUGCCCCAGCGAGAGCCGGCCGAACAUAUCUCAGCUGCUUGCUGCCAAGUUCAAGAACUCUGCAUUCUUCCAAAACUAUGACCUCAUCGCACGAGAAGGCAUUUUGGGCGAUGGAAGCUACUCAGUCUGCAGGAAGUGCAUCAACAAGAAGACGGGCCUUCCUUAUGCUGUCAAAAUUGUGAGUCGCCGCAUUGACACCACCCAAGAAGUGCAGCUUCUCAAGAUGUGCCAGGGACACACCAACGUUGUGCAGUUUGUGGAGGCCUUCCAGGAUGAGGCACACACGUACAUCAUUCUCGAGCUGCUGACGGGCGGGGAGCUCCUCGAGAGGAUACGCAGGCGGGCACGCUUUACGGAAAGCGAGGCGUGCCGCAUCUUCCGCCGCCUCGUCUCCGCCGUGCACUUCAUGCACUCUCGGGGCGUCGUGCAUCGAGACCUCAAGCCAGAGAAUCUGCUGUUCACGGACAGCUCAGAGAAUGCCACCAUCAAGGUGGUGGAUUUUGGCUUUGCGCGGUUGAAACCUCAGGACAAUCAGCUCAUGAAGACACCCUGCUUUACGCUAAACUAUGCCGCUCCAGAAGUCUUGAGGCAGGCCAGCCCGGGCAACACUGCUGCGGGCUACAGCGAGUCCUGUGAUCUUUGGAGCCUUGGCGUCAUUCUGUACACAAUGCUGUCCGGGCGGGCACCUUUUCAAACGCCGAGUCGCAACGCCAGCGCCGCCGCGCUGAUGCAGCGCAUCCGCGAAGGCGAGUUCAGCUUCAAUGGCCCCCAGUGGGAGCCUGUCUCAGACCAAGCCAAGGACGUCAUCCGGGGCCUGCUCACCGUCGAAGCGCCACGCCGUCUGACCAUGGCCGAGCUCCGUGCGCAUCCGUGGGUGCACUCUCGAAGCAGCCAUUGGUCUGCCUCCCUCAUGACUCCAGACAUCCUCAGCUCGUCGUCCUCGCCGCGUGCUGCUGAAUCGGCCGUGCGGGCAACCUUCGACGCUUUCCACCUCGCCACCCGCGGCGGCUUCCGCUUGCUUGACGUCUCUGCGGCUCCCUUGGCUCAGCGCCGGAGGCUAAAGCGCAACUCUGCAGACGUGCGAAGCGACUCUUCCGUCUCGACAAGCAGUGGGAGCUCCUUCACGUCUACGUCGUCUUCAUCCUCGUCUGCGUCGCUCAGCUCAGCUGCAGCAGCUUCAACGCGUUCGCUGGGCUUUGUGCCAGCACGCGAGGACUCAACUCGGAGUGUGGACAGCGUCUUUACGUAUCCGGAGACCAAGGUUGCGGCCUACCUUUCCACACUUCCUGAUGUGGUGGAGCGUCCCAGUGAGUCCGGUAUCACCGAUGACAUUGAGACCAUGACCGUAGACCUCGCCACCACUGGUCUGGCCGCGCCCUUGGCCAAGUCCGGCAAGCUGGAAACUCCCACUUUGCCGGCCACGGUGGUUACAGACUUGCCAGAAAACUCGCAAGGCACAGAAGUGAAGGUUGCUGCAUUCUCGUUGCCAACGAUACCAGAGGCAGCUGAAACAUCCGACGACAGCCGAGCUGAGAUCAUGGCCAGCACAGAACAAGCACUGCUUGAUGCCGAAGGGCCCAUUACACGCUCUCGGAGGAAGAGGCCUUCACCGCAAGAUAGCAUGACAGUCCCAACAAGUUUUUCAGAUGACGGGUCAGAAAAGAGUGAACCAAACACUAAGAAGUCAAAAAGGCGGUCGCCACAGAAGUCUCCAAGCCGGAAACAACGGUAGCACAGGCUUAGAAACCUAGCCAUUUUAACAUUGUUCACACAUUCAUAGCUUCAGUGGCAGUGGGGUGUAGUGUAAUAGUGCGCUUGGCUCCAUCUUUUUCAUUGUAAAUUCCAUCCAAGUCAUCGCAUUGAUGUUUUAAUAAAAUGGGAGCACAUAAAAUGAAGCUAUAGGGUAUUUAUAAUAAAGGCAUUGAAUGUGUUCCCUUCGAUGAUGUCAACCAUGUUGAACUCAUGUUUCAAAGUGGUUUUUAUUAAGUUAUUUCCUUGCAACAGUGGUAGUGCUUAUCUGGUGGCUGCUGGAAUGUGUCUAGAAAGUUUGGCGCGAAGGCAUGCUGCAAAAGAAUUGCAAUCGCUGGAACGACUGGACUGCAGAAUUUGCAGCAGGAUUGCAAAUGGAACCGACGGGUUGUCACUGAGAUGGUCAUUUUUAAUAUUUCGAAUGUGCUGAAGGAGUGAACGAACUUUUGCCGGAUUCUGACGUCUUGUCAUUGGUGAUUGCAACUGUGGUGCCGAGCAAGCCUGUGUUGUCACGCGCAAGUUUCCAUGUCUUUCUGAAGCGGAUACAGUACAGCAACGAUGUGAAAGACUACUGCGUGCAAAAUGCGACGAGCCGAUUUUGUUAGGCUGGCAACUAACACUGCAUGUUGAAACAAAAAGAAAGAGAAGCUAGCAUGAGAAACAUUCAACCAUAGUACUACAUUCAAGUACUUACAAGAUGCUCUUAAUUGAGGGAAAGCAAUUUAAAUAUAGCUGUAUUCUUUAAAGCAUAGAAAUGAGUGGUGAUUUAGGAGCUUUUAUUACAGCCAAUUUUGCCUACAUCUAUUUAUCAUUAUGGCAGUUUUAUUUGUCUGUUCUUGUAGGGCAGUCUAUUACUCAAGAUUGUGACUAAGUGUUGGUUAUAACUGUUAUCUGAGGGUUUCUGCGAAACCGCCUGGCAUGGUUUUUAUUCCAUUACAAGUGCCGACAUGUAAUACCUUGCCAUUGUUGCUUGUUAGCCACAUGUUAGUCUGCCUCAUCAUUCCUGUACAUUUCAUCGAGUUGUGAUCAUCAGCUGUGAAUCUUGCCAUCGUGUCUGUAAAAAUUUGUUCUAAUCAGAAAGACGGAGCUUUUGAGUUAGCCAUGUAUCAUGACAUUAAAAAAGCAAUAGUAUAAGCUUGAUAAUUUGUUUAAUAUUGAAGCUGUCCACAGAUUUGCUGCAAACAACUUGUCAUUUGGAAUUUUUUUUUUUUUUGCCUCGUAGCAAUAUAUUUCUUUUUAUCUUGACAAUGAUUUUAGUAAGUGCUCUUGCCGAAUUGCGUUCGUUGGCUGAUGCAGUCUCUGGGAUGCCUUUUGCAGUGCUUAAAAUCUGCGGCAAUUCACCUCCUGCCCCUUUAGGUACUGUUUUGCAAGAGAAAGUUGUUUUGAUGCUUCACCAAGCUUAGGUGCUGUUUCUCGCAUUGAUACAACAGUAGAGUGAAAAUAACUGCACACUUGUGCUCAUCCCAUUCUCGUUUUUCUUGUUGGAUUUGCGCAAACGCUGCAUCCACGCCGAUUUAGAGCCGAGAAGGUAUUUUUAGAUACAGAAAUGGCCUUUAAAUAUUUACAUCUGCCGCACAAGCUAACACAGAGUGGCCUUUUCUUGUUCAUGUGUGCCAAUCUGCUGUAUCGUUCGUGAAUUGACAGGCAGUUGCUGCCGUAGCCAUUUCCUUGCUCCACAUAAGCGAUGAGGCCGACACUCCUCAGGAUAAGUUUAGGCUCUGGAGUCGCCCCCGCCUAAUGUUCUGCAUCCAAGAUGUAUGUCGCUUGCAGACGUUUGUGCAGUUAGUUGACCGAUGCCUUGCUUAGAUGGUGGCGUUGCAUGUGGGGUUGCCACCGUUAUUUUGCAGCAAAGCCACUAGCUGCCAGGAGUUAGGCGUGACAGACAUUGCUAGACACGUUUUUAGGACGUCUUUCAGACAUUUGAACAUUACAAAAAAAAAAAAGAGAGUAAAGUAGUGAUAAAUUUAUACACUUGAAAAACCCAAUACUCUUUCCGUGAUUCCUUUAUUGAGUGCAAAUCCAGGAGGUAACGGUGCACGAAAGGCUGUAAAUGACACGCAGUGCAAUUGAGGAUAUUGCAGAGUGAAACUCUGUGGUCGCACUUUUUAUCUGGUUAGUGGCAAUUUGCUUGGUCCAGUUCGUCUUUUUUUGUCGCUAUGUCAAGCUCGCGGAUGUUCUCGUGACGUAGCUUUUCAAUUGUUCAUCGGAAGAGUGUGGAGCAAAAACCGGCAAAUAUGUGCCGGUCAGAAGGUUGGUUGAGCCAGCAACAGCCCUUCUCUGCAAAAGAAAGGCUGUGCUGGGGAAAACUAUAAAAGUGGCAGACCCUGUAGUGGUAUCCAAAAAGAUGAAAUUCUUAGGGCCUUUGGCGUUUUUCUCUCUUGGGGAAUAAAAGGUACUUGUUUCAUUAACACUGUGUUAAUUUAUGCACUGGUUACUAAGACAUGCAUUUCUCACGAAAGAAAUGUGCAAAAAAUGGAGAAAAAAUGUGUGAUAUUGACAAGCUCGAGCCGGGUUGCACCAAUUGUACAUGUUUUUAGAUAUAUUUGUCGAAUCAAGAGGUGCUGUCGCGACUUGCUGACAGCUUUCAUAAGAAAGCACUCAUGUACAUCUCUUGCGUGCCAACUAUCGGCAUCAAAGCUGCCUUUUAGGAAACCAUUAUCAAAUUGCCAUUGACACUUAUCAUCUAAAAGCAAUCGCUUUACAUUACUGUGACCAUUUCCUUAUAUAAAAACAAUCUACAUGUGUUCUCAUAAUUCCGUAUGUUCUUCCACAUGAUUUGUGUCGGAAGAGUGUAGAAUCAAUAUAGAGUUCAUAUGAUACCCAUACAAAUAAUAUGGAUAACUUACAGAAUUGUGAAACUGUGCAUAGAACUUUCGGUAGGGUCUGCACAGAUAAGACAAAUCAGUGAGAUUCAAGGUGAUGGCCUGAAGCUAGAGCCCAUGAGCAGAGCCUGAGAAGUUAGUGGGCAACAGAAAAUAUUUUUGUACUGCAAAAGUGGUUGGCCGCGAUCAGUUUUAGUGCAAGGCUGAACUGUACGAUGAAAUAAUGCCUGCUUUGGUGAGCAACUUGGUGACAGCCUUAGGAUGAGCAAUGCCUGACGACUGCGCACUUGCAGAGACGUUGCCGCAGGCAUUUUCGUGUAGGGCGAAGAAUCGUCAGUCUUUGUAACAAGCAUGACUCUUAAAACUUAUCAUAGAAGCCAGCAGGCUCGCCUUGCCUUAAUUAACAGACAAGAACAAACAGUUUUCUUACAAAGACAGCUAGUCACAAAAUGGCGUGCGUACUUUUUACGCUGGACGAGUUUCAUCAGACAAUGCCCCGCGGGGACACCUCACGUGGCAGUGAUUGCGACCGGACAAUGUCAGGCCAGUUCCUUCCCGGCAUGCUGCUUUCAGGAAAGCAGACGUGCAGAGUAGGUCUAUUUUGCGAUGAGGGUGGAAAGAUGUGUGCUUGCUGCUGUGUUACUAGUCCAUUCAUCAAACCUUUGUGAUAGCUUGUCCAGGCAUAAAAUAUAAUACCGCACUGUGUAUGUGUGUGUGUGUGUGUCCCACAUCAUACCUCUGUAAGCAUGGUUAUUUUUGCAAACUAAUCAGAGUUGUCUGCACUAACUUGCACAAACAGGAUGCUCAUACAGACAUACAUCUCCAUAGAAUCUCUAUGCCUUUGGUGUAUAUUUCUUUCUGGGCAGUUGUUUAAGUGUGUACAGUAAAGCUAUCAGUUUAUGUAUGUUGACCAUUCCUGAAGAUAUGUGAGUGCAAGUUGUAAUAUAGACAGGCGCAUGCAAAGUGUUAUAUAUAUAUAUAUAUAUAUAUAUAUUGUUAAAACGAAGGCAGCACGACUGUACGAAAGCAUGUAAAUAGUCAUUGCACUACUGGCUUUUUUAUUACUGCUAUAUUGUUCAAAACCCAUCUAGAUGACUUAGCCAUGGUGCAGUGCAAAUGUCAAUGCGCAAGUCUUGUGAAGACAUAGCAUUGUCGCGAACAUCAAUGCACAAUUCUUGUGAUGACACAGCAUUAUGUUGGUUGCCUCCCCAUGUUUUUUUCUUCAUGUGCUCUUGUGCUUCCAGUAUGUUUCAAGAAAGUGACGUGCAGUGACAUUAAUAUGUUGGGUUGCAAAAUAAAUGUGAUUUCUCAGUUA